AUGAUUGAUGACGAAUUGAAAACACUAUACCUUAUUGAGAUUGAGAAGAUACUCAACAACAAUGCAAGGUCUUUAAGAGACUAUCAAUCAAUGCCAUAUAGUGAGAUGUCUGAUGUUUGUCUUUUUCGGAAUAAGCUAAUAGAGGAAAAGUUAGCAUAUGACACAAAUAAGUUGACUCUUACAAACUUAUAUACGGAACAAAAGAUGACUCAUGAGCAAAGAGAAAAGAUUGUUUUAAAUGUCGCAUCUAGUGGAAUUGUGUCUUUACUCCUACCUGGUGAUAGAACGGCUCAUUCUAGAUUUUUAAUACCCACAAUUACUGAUGAAUCUACUUGCAACAUCAAGCAUGACAGUUUGAAGGCUGAGCUGCUCAUCCAAAGUAGCUUAAUAAUUUGGGAUGAAACUCCAAUGCUCAAUAAAAUGUGCUUUGAAGCACUUGAUCGGACGCUCAGGGAUCUUGUGUCAGUUACCGAUCAACAUAAGUCACAUCAACCAUUUGGUGGUAAGAUUGUUGUUCUAGGAGGUGAUUUCAGACAGAUACUUCCGGUGAUUUCGAAAGGGAGUAGACACGAUAUAUUGACAUCAGCUAUUAACUCAUCCCAUCUGUGGUCGUUUUGUAAGGUUCUGAAACUGGAAACGAACAUGAGGCUUCUAAUGUCUUUUUCAAAUCAAGAUGAAGGUGAAAUGAAGAGAUUUGCUAAUUGGAUACUUGAUGUUGGAAAUAGAAAUAUUGGUUUUGUUGUUGGUGCUGAAUUAGAAAUUGAAAUUUCAGAUGAUCUAUUGAUUACAACUACUGAUGACCCUCUCUCUCAUUUGGUAGACUUUGCAUAUCCAAAUUUGUUGCAAAACAUGUCAGAUUACAGGUAUUUUUAG